ACCGCCGUCCUGCCCGCAGACGAUGUGGACAUUCAGUUUGCGCGCAGCUCUGGCGCGGGCGGCCAGAACGUGAACAAGGUCAAUACCAAGGUGGACAUGCGGCUACGGCUGGAUGCGGCGGCCUGGCUGGAUGAGGAGAUUAAGGAGGCGGUGCGGCGCGCGGAGAAGAAGCGAAUCAACAAGGAAGGGGAGCUGGUCCUCACCUCACAGCGCACGCGGUCGCAAGCCGACAACGUGGAGGAUGCGCUGGCCAAGCUGCAGGAGAUUCUGGAUGCGGCUUGGAAGUCGGUGCAGCCGAUCGAGGAGGACCCCGAGAAGAAGAGGGAGAUCCAGAAGCAGCUGGAGCGCGGCAACGAGCGGCGGCUGGUAUCCAAGAAGUUCCAGAGCGACAAGAAGAAGGAGCGGCGCGCUAAGAUUGACUGGUAG